AUGAAGUUUCUAGCCGUCGUCUUUGUGUUCGCGUUUGUGGCAGUACAGUUCAGCCGCUCCGCUCCGACUCCUGAUGAAGAAAAAAAGGAGGAAGUAGUCGCCGCCCCCGCCGCGGCACCCGCUGAGGCCGCACAGCCCGCAGCAGAGGCUAAAUCCAGUUCUGACCCCGCACCCGCCCCCGCUGAGGCCGCACCAGCUGAACAGAAGAAAGAUUGA